UCUGUAAAUCUGAUGGAGAGGAUCCUAAUCAUCUUUUCUAGCUUUUUCCUUUUGCUUCCAAACUGUGGGAUUGGCCGUGACAUAACUUCUGGAAUUUCUAUGGUUCAAAAUGGAGCAUAAAGAACAGUGUUUUGAUAGAGUUUUUUUUUUAAUCUUACCUCCUCCUCCUCCUCCUUCUUAUUUUUUUUAAGUUAUAGUUUAAUUGAUCUGAAAUUGGAAAGUGUUUUUUUUUUUGUUAUUUUUCCGUGGCCGUGGGGGUUUCUUACCUUAAUUUUAUUUCAUCUUGAGGUGUCUCUUUUUAAAAACGUUUGUAGCAGUCAUUUUGGAUCCUUCAUUUUUUUGGGUAGAAGAUGUGUUGUGGCAAGAUGAUUUCUUUACCCCUCUUUAUUCCAUGGUUUAUUGAGUCGGAAAGAAACGGAAAACUUUUGUGGGUUCAGAAUAGUCGUUUGUUAGAGAUGUAAGACUUAGUGCAUUUUGAAGCUUCCCUCUUGAUGCAUACUACAAUCAUUUUUUUGUGUUGUAAGUAUUACCCAUUGUUUUUUAUUACCAACAAUUGUUGUUCCUUAUGGUUAUAUUGAGUGGAGCUCGUGAAAUGAUUACCCAAGGGUGAGAAGUUGGAAGCUAUGACCUUUUGUCUAGAUAGAAAAGCACUUUCAUGGCACUAGUGAAUUGAGUGGAUUGAGGGGUUUGUGCGGGCACUGCCAACUUGACGGGCAAAGCAUGAACCACAAGGAAUGAUUCAAGUAAAGCUUCAACUAAAGGGAUGGGUAGGAACAUCCAUGAAAUGAUUAACUUAAUUCACAAAUGGCAUGGAUGUGCUCUUUUGAUUGACAGUUGGCUUGAUAAUCAAUCUCUCAAAUGUUUAUUCCCUAACGUUUGUAGAAUUUUAUCGGCAAAGACAACACCGUUCAAGUUAUAUGGCAAGCUCCUUUGCCAUGGAUGUCACACAUUCAGUUGAAACGCUGAUUGACUCUACAACCUCUAAGAUACAACAGCUUCAGAAAGCAUUUGCUGAGCUUGAAAGUCACAAAGCAUUAACACUUAACUUGAAAUGGAAAGAACUUGAAGAACAUUUCCAUGGGCUAGAGAAAUCCUUGAAGAGGCGUUUUGAUGAGUUAGAAGACCAGGAAAAGGAAUAUGAAACCAAAACAACAGAGGCACGUCAAAUGUUAGAGAAGCGGGAAGCUGCUAUUUUGGCUAAAGAGCAAGCAUCGCUAGAGAGUCUUCAAAAGAAAAGAGAUGCUGCGGCAUUUGCUGUUGCUAAUGCACGAGAGAAGCAUAGGAAGGUAGCAUCAGAAAUGCCUUCUUGCCCUGAUGACUAUGAAAGUGCAGAACCAAAUGUGGUAGAUAAACCACCUGAUUCUUUGACUAGUGAAAAUAACUCAGAAGAUUUGAAAGAUACUCCCGAUGAUGAUGGACACUUUGGGGUCAAGUCUUAUCCUCAGUUAGUACAAUUAUGUGAAGAGAUGGACUCUGCUGGACUGCACAAAUUUAUAUCAGACAAUCGGAAGAACCUUGCUGCAAUAAGGGAGGAGAUUCCAUUUGCACUAAAAGCUGCAGCAAACCCCGCCUGCAUGGUAUUAGACUCCUUGGAAGACUUCUACAGUGGAGAAGUUGCAAAUUUGGAUGGAAAGAAGAACUCAGAUCUACUGGGUUCACGUCGGACCUGCAUCAUGUUGAUGGAGUGUUUAAGCAUUUUGCUGAAAACUAUGAAUGUUAAAUCUGUUUCUGAAGUGAUGUCAACUGAAGUCAAGGUGCAAGCAAAGAAAAUCGCGGGAGAAUGGAAACCAAAGUUGGAUGCUCUUGAUGUGGAUGCUAGUAAUGGCAACUCAUUGGAGGCUCAUGCCUUUUUGCAGCUUCUGGAUACUUUUGGGAUUGCAUCUGAUUUUAACAACAUAGAGUUAUCCAGGCUUGUGCCAAUGGUCUCCCGUCGCCGUCAAGCAGCUGAUUUAUGUCGAUCUCUAGGCUUAUCAGAUAAAAUGCCAGGUGUCAUCGAUGUAUUGGUUAACAGUGGAAGGCAAAUUGAUGCAGUGAAUUUGGCUUUUGCAUUUGAACUUACAGAGCAGUUCUCUCCAGUACCGUUGCUUAAGUCCUAUCUAAAGGAGGCAAAGAAAGUGUCUUCACCAGUCAAACCUGGAAAUGCAUCCCACACUCCACAGAAUGAUGUUAGUGACAGAGAGCUGACCGCCCUUAAGGCCGUAAUCAAAUGCAUUGAAGAGCACAAGCUUGAAGAGCAAUACCCUGUGGACCCUCUUCAAAAACGGGUCAUCCAACUCGAAAAAGCUAAGGCUGACAAGAAACGGGUGACCGAGGCUACAAAACCUCAACCAAAGCGACCUCGUGCAAACAGUGUGGGUUAUGCCCCCGUUGUCAAUAACAACAAUGUUGCUGACAAGAACUUCUAUGGUAGAGUGACAGAUAGAUACCCACAGUACAUGUAUGACCGACCAUACAUGUACCCGACCCCUAACGACAACCAUUGCCCAUCCCUCUUGGGUUCGGCCAUGUACAACAUGUCUCCUGCAGCUCAUGGAAACUACUUUGGAAAUGCUUACCAGUAUCAAGCUGCUGCAUAUCUUCACUGAAUCAGACAGAUCAAUGAUUGUAAGAGGUGACUGUGAUCCUUCGUUAACUGUUUAGAGUAUUAACCCUCAAUGGAUGUUGGCAGUGUAUCAAUGAAGUUUAGUAGUAAAACUCAGAAACUUACCCAAAAACCAAAAAAGAGAAAAAGAAAAAAAAGAGACCAAACUGCCUUAUUAAUUUCUUGUUGUACUGGAUGAUAUUUCAACUCUCUAAUAUAUAUGCACAAAACUUUGAUGUGUAA